GCUGCACAUCGUCGUCGUCGACGCAUGCUGCUUCUUCUUCUUCGCCCCGAUGGUGUACGUUAAAAAAUAGCAAAUUCAGUGUUGUAUUCAUUUUACGUAUUACAAUAACAACAACAAAAAAAGCAGCAGCUCUUGUCACAGUGAGUCCAAGACGUGGUCGCGCGCGUGCGUUAUAGUUACAUACAUAUAUCGUGCAAUUGAUAUCGCACGAAUUCGCUAGCUACGAAUCCUGCAGAAAAACAGCAGCAAAAUGAGCUUCCUCUUUGGAAGCCGUUCUUCAAAAACCUUCAAGCCAAAAAAGAACAUACCAGAAGGUACCCAUCAAUAUGAUUUGAUGAAACACGCUGCAGCAACAUUGGGUUCUGGUAAUCUGCGUUUGGCUGUUAUGCUGCCAGAGGGUGAAGAUCUGAAUGAAUGGGUAGCAGUAAACACUGUGGAUUUUUUCAAUCAAAUCAACAUGUUGUAUGGAACAAUCACAGAAUUUUGCACAGAAGAUAGUUGUCCAAUCAUGUCAGCUGGACCAAAAUAUGAAUACCAUUGGGCUGAUGGCCUCACAGUGAAAAAACCUAUCAAAUGUUCUGCUCCAAAGUAUAUUGAUUACCUUAUGACAUGGGUACAAGACCAAUUAGAUGAUGAAACACUUUUUCCAUCCAAAAUUGGUGUACCUUUUCCCAAGAAUUUUCUCUCUAUUGCAAAAACAAUCCUGAAACGAUUGUUCCGUGUGUAUGCUCACAUUUAUCACCAACAUUUUAGUGAAGUUGUUCAACUUGGCGAAGAGGCUCAUUUGAAUACUUCUUUCAAGCAUUUUAUUUUCUUUGUUCAGGAGUUCAGUUUGAUUGAAAGAAGGGAGCUGGCCCCCCUUCAAGAGCUUAUAGAAAAGCUUACAGCAAAAGAAACUCGAUGAAUAUCUCUUAUUGUAGAGUAAACUAGAGCAGUAAAACAAUUAUUGUAGGUACAACUGAGGCAACAUGAAACUAACAAAAUCAGAAGAACUGUGGGAAAAAUCUUCCAAAGAAUCUCUUUGAUUUGAAGUUACAUCUAUCGUUUAAAUCAUUUCAGCACAGAUAUUUCGGUGUUCACGAAAGUUGCUUAGAACAACUUGCAUGUGUGAAAAAUUAGUCAUGAACUUUAUUCAACUCUUUUUCUGCAUGAAAACACUGACAAUAUAGUGAAAUGAACUAUAGUGAUUGUUGUUUAUGGAAUUUAGUGUUAUUUGACAAAACCGUAAAAAAACGAUUGAAUUUGAACAAAAAUAUGGAUUAUCAACGAUAGCGCAUUUUAAAUGACCAUUUUCGAUUGCAAGUUCGAACGCAAAUAGACUCUCUUCUAUUUAAUUUUUCGACGUGACCAUUCAUAUUGUAUCGAUUCUCUGCCCGAGUUAUCGCUUCGUUACAUCUCGUUGAUAUUUACAAGUUUUGCUCUCUGUCCUUUUUCUUCCAAAGUCUAAUUACAUUGAAAUAGUCACGAAAGACUUAUUUGCACAUGACAUUACAUAAAAGCUUAAUGACAAGAAUGUGAAAGAUUAUGGCUUAAUUACUACAGCAUUCCUACUUUAUGGGUGCUUUGAUAUUUAAUUUAAUUAAUUGUUUAUUGUUAUUUUAAAAAGGAAGUUUUCAGUCAUCCACACAGACUAUGAAUUAAGGAUGAUUUGCAAAUCUUGUAUUAAUGCUAUUAUUAUAAAUAUUAUAAUUUUAUACACAUCUACAUGAUUAUAAUUUACUGCAAAUUAUUCAAGAUGAUAAACGCUUUUACUCAUCUACUGAAAGUGAAUAUCACCAUAGAAGUUUGAUUUUUAUCUCAUAAUUGCUUUGAUGUUUCAAAUCAAUUCUAUGAAUGAAAUUCGCACCGAUCAACCCGAGAAAUUUGUUUUUCAUGAAAAAAAUUAUUGCUACGCUGUGUCGUAAGAAAAUUUAUAAACGAUGUGUUUGUUAUAUUAUAUUUAUAUAUUUAUACUAACUACUUUUAGUGGACACACGACAGUUUUUUUCUGUUUUUAUUGAUAAUAUACUUCGUACUUUAAUUCUACGAGAUAAUCAUGAACUUACUUUCAUUGAAGGUAUGCUGAUUAUAUAAUAUCGUAAUCAUAAUUUGUAAUUAAGUGAUGACAAAAAUUUUAUUAUAAACUUAUAAUGUAAAAAAUUCGCGCUUCCGCUUGUAUCGUUUAGUUCUUUAUUUUUAUAGUAAUCGUGUGCACUGAUUUUUUUUUUAUCUAGCUUAAAAAGUCGAAAAGAACUAAAUCUCACGAAAAUUGUGAAUUGUGUAAGAGAUAAAUCAAUUUAGAAAGUUUUAAGAAAAACCAGAAAACGUAUACAAUUUAAAAUUUAAGGAUUGCGAUUGUAUCAAUUGCAUUCUAUCAAAAGAAUAAGACAUAUUAAAUAUCGUGGAACCUACAGAAAUUGGGAAAUUGGCUCCCUCGAUGCAGCCACAUUAUUGUAUAAGAGAAUAUUCAUGCACUCUAUUUUUUUUUAAUCUCAUAAUAAUCAAUGAAAGGCAAGAAGCAUUGCAUGCUGAAAAGAUUCUUGAGUCCUGAUCUAUUUUGUACGAUUUAAAAUGAACGUCAAUUGCCUUAAAAAUUGACACAUAUUUUUCGUCAAUAAUUCGUCAUCAAGGUUGCCUUACGAAGUGCGAUGAGAAUCAAGAAUCGUUUUUCAUGCCAAUGUGCGGGUAAAAAAGUAAUAAAAAGAAAACAAGAUAUUUUUUAAUGUCGAAAAAAUACGAGCUUGAGAGACUUAAUGUGAGAACGAUCGUAUAUAUUAUAUUGAUAUAUAUUCAAUACAAAAAGAAGAGAUGGGCACUAAAUAAGACACUGCCAAUUUAUCUGCCAAUUAUCGGAAAGCACUUGGUAUCAAAAAUAUAUCGAAUGAAAUGAAAUAAAUGUAUCAUUCAAUUUUGAAAAUUCAUACCAUCUUUAUAUUGUUUGCGUAAAAUCUUUUUCGCAUCAUUGUUUUUCAUAAUUUACUAUAUGACAAGGGAAGCAUUUGUCAAUCCGUUCGACAUAUUAUAUUGUAUACGUGGAGGAUUGAGACAAUGUUCAAUAUUUCGUAUUAUAUGCUUAUACGUAUGUAAAAAGGUCGAGAAAGCGAAGACACAUUGAUUUUUGGUAAUAUUCACCCUCUGUACUUAAAAGGGGGAAAGAUAAUCAUGCGUCUAAGCCGCGGUAAUACGUGUUCGUGUGCAGCUCUCGGAGUUAGGGUGAAAAAAGUCGAAUCGGGGGCGAAACGUAGACGCUUAAAUGAGUUACUCGAUUCUGACAUGCGAUGUACAUUUUGAAUAUUAUGUAUACUUUCCUAACACGCAGAAAAUAUAAUACUUAUUCCUUUUUUUCAUA